UUGAACUGCGUUCGAAGCACCCGAAACGAAGUUUUAACAAUACUUUUUAACUCGUAAAAAAUACGUAUUUAUACCGUGAUUAGUGACCCCAAACACACACACACACACACACACACACACACACACACACACACACACACACAUGGAGUACCUAACAGGUCUAUCGCAAAAGGAGAAUGUUCGCGCAGCCUGCAAAAAGUGUGGCUUUCCAGGACACCUGACGUAUCAGUGCCGGAACUACCUGACGGUCGAUCCGCAAAGCCAAGCCGUAGUACCGGUCCAAAAGCGUCCAGGUAGUGAAUCGCCCGAACAGAACUACCUCACACCACUGCAAGAGCUCCGGAAGCAGGAAGAGGAAGAAGAAAAGCGCAAAGCAGAGAAAGCGGCCCGCAAAGAACGCAAGGAACGGGCACGCCGCGUAAAGGAGGCACGCAAGGAGAAAAAGAAGCGCAAGCAUCGGAAAAGAUCCCGCUCGAGCAGAUCGGACGAUAGCGAUAGUUCGGAUAGGAGCACUAGCAGCAGCAGUAGUAGUAGUAGUAGCGAUAGUAAGCACAAAAAGAAAACCAAAAAGCGAUACAGGAAAAGGGAAGUGAAGCAAAGCAAAAGGGAAGUGAAAAAGUCCAAAAAGGUUAGGCACAGGCGCAAGCGAAAGGAUUCCGACAGUAGCUCGGACAGCUAGAGAGCAUCCGGAAUCAAUCACUCAAUUGUGUUUAAGGACAAUAGCUGUAUACAUACAUACACAUACACUUGAAAAACAGAUCAUGAAUUGCAAUACAUUUACGUUGAUGAAAAAACGUGAUCAUUUAAAAAAAGGCAUGGAUUGAUCAUAUCAGCAAUAAGCCUUUUUACAAUGGAUCUUAAGUGGCGUUGUAGGAAAGUCAGAAAAAACAAGAAUCAAUUUUAGGAAAGCUUUUCCAACUAAGCUUUUCCCUUUUAAUUUGUCAUUGUGGUUAUAUUAAGUAAAAUGCUAAACAUUUCCUUUUUUUCUUUUUAUUGAUCAAAUGAUUCAACACACAUUAUACGAUUAAUAGAUUCUACGAUAGUGCGAUAGAUUUGCGUUUUUUUCUUCUUAAAUAUAUUUGACGCUUCUACUGA